AUGGGUGGCAUCUAUAUGUGUUUUGUUUUGUAUGGUGUUAACCCAAAUGCAAUUUGGUGCAAAAUCAAAUUUAUGGCUAGGUAAAAUUAUAAAAUUAUUCCAUCAUUUUAUUCACUGGUUCUAUAACAUACAAUUAAUCUGCCAUUCAAUUCCACUAAUAAAUUCUCAUUAUGUAUAGUCAAUUGGGAGACUUAGGAUUCAUAUUAUUGUGUAUAUAUAAAAGGAGCACCUGAGAAGUUAUGGACAUUCUCUAGUUAUUUGUUAGUAGAAGGUAGAAACCAACCAAUAGAUGAGUAGAUAACACAAAAAUUCAAAUCAGUCAAUGUAUCAUUUGGUAAAGGAGGUGAGAGAGUCUUGGGAUUUGCAAAACUUCAUUUACCAAGAUCUGAAUUUUAGAAAGGAUAUAAGUUUAAUUUGAACUUAAUUGACACAUUGAAAUUCAAAUUAGAAGGAUUUACUUUCUUAGGAUUGUUAUCAUUAAUGGACCACCAAAAGAGACUGUACCUUAAGCAAUUAAAAAAUGUUAAUCAACAGGUCUAAAGGUGA